GUGGGGAUGCGCGUCAUUUCCGCCCGCGGCGGUGACGUCAGAUCCUAUGGGGGCCGGAUGCCAGUUGCUGGCGUGAAGAGCUCGGAGCAGGACGUGUGUCGCAGCGGUCGUUACUGUCAGCCAUCAUGUCUUCAAGUAAUGUAAGCUUGCUUCCUACACUUGGCCAAGAAGGUGAUCACACUUCUAAACUUCUUCAAAAAUCCAAGGAGUCCCCAUUUGUUCCUAUCGGUAUUGCUGGGUUUGCAUCAGUGGUAGCCUAUGGACUCUACAAACUGAAGACCAGAGGGAACAAAAAAAUGUCAGUGCAUUUUAUCCACAUGCGUGUGGCAGCCCAAGGAUGUGUUGUGGGAGCAAUGACUAUAGGAGUUCUGUACUCUAUGUACAAAGAAUAUGUUGUGAAGCCCAGAGAAGAGAAAAAUGCUCUCCUUCAUAAAUGAAUUGAGAUUUCUACAGUAUCUCCAAUAACUUAAUUUUUGGCUCUUAAGUAUACCGCACACUGAGGAGAUUAGAAUUUUUCUUGUUUUAAAUAUUUGUAGAAUAUGUGCUAGGUUUUUAGAUUUGAUUUUUCUCGAAGUAUACUGAUCUUACACGUAGGUGAUUUUCCAUGAGGUGAUUGCUGUUGUGUGCUGCAAAGUGUCAUCAUUUUAUCAAAUGUCUUUUUAAAACAAACAAGUGCUAUUGAUGUGUUCCUCGCAAUGAUUAUACUUGAUACCUAUGUAAAAAAGAACUGAUUAAUUUGUUAGCAAAAUAUGAUUGGACCUUAAGUUUUAAAGUUUCAAGCCCGUGUUUCAUAUUGGCUUGGAGUUUAGGGGGACUGAUUUGUAGGUGUGUUAUAAAAUGGAGAGGGUGAAUGUGCACAUUUGAUUUCCUGCAGUUGGAGAAAUCAAGAACCAGAGGCCAUAUGUUUAAGGUGAGAGGUAAAAUGUAAUAGAAACCUGAGGGAGCAACUAUUUCAUGCAAGGGGUGGAUUAUAUAUGGAACAAGUAGCCGGAGGAAGUGGUUGAGGCAGGUGCAGUAAUAACAUUCAAUGGAUACGUACUUUGAUCUGAAAGAUUUAGAGGGGUAUGGAUCAAACAUGGGCAAACAGUACUAGCAUAGAUGGGCAUCCUGGUUAGUAUGGAGGAGUUGGGUCAAAGGAUAUAGUUCUUUGCUGUACAACACCAACUCUCUGGAGUUGCUCUCUGGGUAACUAUCCCCAUUAUUUAACUUGUUAUGAUGAUCUGCACUAUUUUGGAUCACUUUUACGAUUUUUUUUUGUUUUCCAACAUGGCUACUCUUAAAUGCUUGUUGUGGUAUGAGAUUUUUGAACAUGUACGGAGCUAAGAAAAUGCAACCAGAGCUACCUUUGAAUCAUAGUAUUGUAUAAUUUUGAAUGUUUCCCUUGUAACAUUAUUAGUAUAAAUAACGUGCAGCAACAAUGUCCUGGUAUUACAAGGUUACUGGGAUCUGAAUUGAUAAGUUGCUUUUUUUCCACCAUAACUUGACUGCCCUUUUCUAAUUUUUUUUUUUUUUUUUUAACUUCAAAACAUUCUAGUUAUGCUGCUGGUUAGGCUCCAGUUCUCCAAUACACAACAGUUACAGUGUGCACUUGUGUACUGGUUAGAGGGUUAAGGGCCUGUCCCACGUGUCGGAGGUGAAUUCCAGUAAAACUAGUCCCUGGCAGUUGCCGAAGUGGGACAGGCCCUUUCGUGUAGUUUAAGUACAAACAUUGCCUUUUAUCUAUUCAACGAUUCUUGUUAUAUUUGGUGUGAUUAGGUUCAUAGAAUCUGCACCAUAAAUAUUUAUGUAAUCUUGGAAGUUUCAGGUCAUAUCACGGUACUUGCAAAUUUGCUACAAAUACCCAGUUAUUUGCAUUACUAUCUGUAAAGCUCUGGUGGGUUAACACUUUGGGAGUAGUUGAAACAAAGAACUGCUGCUUAAUGCACAAAUGUUCAUGCUGGAAUGACUCAGCAGAUCAGGCAGCAUCUCCAGAGAACAUGGAUGUGAUGUUUCAGAUCGAGACCCUUCUCCAAUUGGAAGGGUCUCGGCUGAAACAUCACCUGUCAAUGUUCUGUAGAGAUGCUGCCUAACUUGCUGAGUUACUCCAGCACUUUGGGAGUAUUCUUGCAUUUCUUUAGAAAUAGAAUAGGUGGCAAAAUUUAAUUUACAUUAACUUUUACAUAUUUGCACAUUUCUAGCUAUGUAAAAAGACUCCAGUUGAUAGAGUUAUUUUCAUGCUUUGUUUUUUAUUUUGGAAAAUUCUAAUCUCCAGUACAUUAUAUUUUCAGCAUCUCUACUGAUUUUCCAAGAAGGCUGAAUACGGUUUUAAAGCACAUGAGUUGAAUGGGAAACAGUAUCAGAACUGGGCUUUCAUUUUGACAUUGACGCAGUGCUUUGAUGUGUUAAACCUUGCACCUAGAUUUUUAAUCUCUAUGGUAAAUUUAACACGCUUAGAUUAAAUUUGAGUACAAAAUACUUGAAUAUUGUUAAUGUAUGAGAGAGAAAACUAUAGAUAGGUUUUUGAAAAGUGGUCUUGUUUUUCAGUGUAAUUAGUAUUAAAGCAGUGGUUAUCACACAAGAUCGAAGAUGUCAGCACAUGCAGUGGCAUUUUACUCCCCUAGCAAGUUAUAGUGUGACUUGACUACCUCUUUUAAGUAUGCAAAUUAAAGAAUAAACAUAAAGAUGAAUUAUAGAUUUAUUGUAGCAGAAAUCUUAUUUUUUAAAUGCCUGAUUUAAGGUUGUAUUUUAGUUAUUUAUGUAUUAUAAAAUCUCCCCAGUUAAAACAAUGUCUCAUACUGUUGUGUUAUUUUUAUAUAUAAUAAAGAGAAUAAAUUGAAAAUA